AAUUAAUUACGAUCUUCAUAGAAUCUUAUAUGAUGCACCAGGAGGCCACCAAAAUGUUUCGUUAUCAGAUACGAAGUCGCUCGUAGACUCUUCGGUUUUGUAUUGACGUAUUUCGUGAAUAGUUCGGGUUUACUCGGGUGUGAACUCGGACCUGGAGUUUUCUAUGGUAUGUCAAAGAGGCACUCGGGUGUUGUACACAAAGGUUCGUACAAAGUCAGUCCAACUGAUCGUUGCUCUUUUAAAAACAUGGCUGGGUAUAUACCUGGCGAUUAUUAUGGAGCUUAUCCUCCAGCCGCUCCUGCUCCUAUCGGAUUCGAGUUACACCAACAGCCUCAACAAGCACCACAAGCAAGCCACCCUUACCCCUCACGAAACGACAUUUAUCCAACCCAACAAUAUGGCAUGCAACAACCAGCACAACAAAGYUAUGCUGCUCCUUAUCAAGCGUCUCCACACCAACCUCUUGCACAAGAUUAUAGUCAUGAACGUCGACAAGAYCCGGGUCUUCCUCCUGUAGGAUUUGAAGCCACUACAAGGCCACAACGAGACGAWAACAACAGACGUUCAGCUGAUAGUCGACCACAAACAGAUGAAACUACUGAUGGGAUGACUAGAACGCAUUAUCGUGUGAAAGAGGAAACUAAGCAUACUAAGUCACUCUACUUCAAAGAUGGAAGAAGAAAAAUUGAUUACGUCCUGGCCUAUGAAGUCAAUCCAGAUAAAACACAUGAAUGGCAGGAAAAGAGAGAAGAAAAGAGAGAAGAAUUUGAGAAAAGUCUUUUGCAGUUUGGACUAAAACUAGAAAAAGUUGGUGAAGAAGAAUCRCAGAAUGGAAAAACUGCCUUUGUAAAAGUACAUGCACCAUGGAAAGUACUGACAAAAAUAGCAGAAGAAAUGAUGAUGAAGAUGCCUAUCCGUCAAAAUGAUAUGGAUACUGCAGAGUGGACUGAGAGAUGUUUUGACUGUAUUGGAGUACGAAACCCUUUUGAAAUUCGUGAUGARGAUCUUCCAGAAGAGUCAAACUAUUUUACGUGUGUCUUCAGAAGGGACAAGAUGGACAAGUUUCUCAUUGARGAUCGUGAUACGUUCUUUUCACCUGCUCAGAGAAGUAGAAUUGUGUAUACCCUUUUACAAAGAGGAAGAUAUGGAACUAACAAGGUCACCCAAGUUGGAAUACAAAGACUGAUUGGCAAUGGUUCUUAUUGCGCUGCAUACCCAUUACACGAGGGAAACUAUAAGAUGGAACAGUCUCUUUUGACUCACAAACCUGAGAAUGAAAGACAGCUGUUAUAUGGAGUAUGGGCUUCCCCUAGAAUGUGGUACAAAGAGCAACCAUUGGACCAAAUCAGUCAAUAUUUUGGUGAGAAGAUUGGUUUAUACUUUGCAUGGCUUGGAUUUUACACUGGGAUGCUUGUCCCUGCAGCMCUAGUGGGUCUCAUUGUCUUGUUUUACGGAGCAGGAACAUUGGCAAACUAUACUCCAGCGCCUCUGUUUUCCAUUCAGUUAUGCCUUGUAGUAUGUGCAGUAUUGGGUGUGGUCUUCUAUCGUGUGUCUGUAUAUGCGGCAUUGAUAUCGUCAGGAGUGUAUGAUGAAAAYAUGGGCGCUAUUAGCAUGACAACCUCUGCUACAGCAGCACUCAUCAACCUGUGUAUCAUUGUUCUUCUUAACAAGGUGUAUGAGAAGCUUGCUUUCAUGUUUACCAACUGGGAGAUGCCAAGAACACAAACUCAGUAYGAGGACAACUUUACRUUCAAAAUGUACCUGUUUCAGUUUGUCAACUACUACUCAUCACUCUUCUACAUUGCAUUCGGGAAAUUAAGUCCUGGUCCACCUGGUGCUUACCAUCGUGUUCUUGGUGUUGGUGAAAGGGAAGGUUAUAGACAGGAAGAAUGUAAUCCUGCUGGAUGUCUGUUUGAGUUGCUUCUUCAGCUUUGCAUCAUCAUGUUUGGCAAACAAGUGCUCAACAACACUCUAGAAAUUAUUUUACCGAAAUUAAGACAUUGGUGGAAGAAAAGAAAAAAUGCUGAUCAACCAGACCUUACUGGGACACCCAGAUGGGAGCUUGAUUAUGACUUGAAUGAAUACCCGCAGUAUGGACUCUUCUAUGAAUAUUUAGAGAUGGUUAUUCAAUAUGGUUUCAUUACUAUUUUUGUAACUGCMUUYCCACUUGGUCCUCUACUGGCUUUGAUCAAUAAUCUYAUUGAGAUUCGCCUGGAUGCCUAUAAGUUCACCUGUGUAUUUAGAAGACCUAUGGCUGCUCGUGCUCAAGACAUUGGUAUAUGGUAUGCAAUUCUCAAUGGUGUCACUAAACUUUCUGUUGUGGUCAAUGCCUUUGUCAUAGCUUUUGUAUCUGAGUUUGUACCUCGUCUGUAUCACCGUUAUGCACGACGCAAAGCAGACAUGAGUGGUUUUCUUGAUGAGAGUUUAUCCUGCUUUGAUAUCAGCAACUUCACCGACAUCGAACAACCAAAUUUUCAACUUGACACCAACCGAUUCAAUCCAACAACAUGUAACUUCAAUGCUACGACCUGCAGACAGCUUCGUAAGCCGGCAUUUGAAGAUCAACGAUGCUGCUAUGUCGUCAUUAAAUCACACCUGCAGUCAGCGGCCUUUGUCAUAGCUUUUGUAUCUGAGUUUGUACCUCGUCUGUAUCACCGUUAUGCACGACGCAAAGCAGACAUGAGUGGUUUUCUUGAUGAGAGUUUAUCCUGCUUUGAUAUCAGCAACUUCACCGACAUCGAACAACCAAAUUUUCAACUUGACACCAACCGAUUCAAUCCAACAACAUGUAACUUCAAUGCUACGACCUGCAGGUUCCGUGGUUAUUAUGAAUCACCAUUCCUUAACUUUGAUACAUUGCCAAAUCCAAUCAAAAACCCUAAUGCCUACACCUUGGCCAAGGCUCACUGGCAUAUAGUGGCUGCAAAACUAUUCUUUGUCAUCGCCUUCCUGCACACCGUGUUUGCAUUUACCAGUCUUCUGGCCUGGCUCAUUCCUGAUGUACCAAAAAGAGUAUCCAAUCAAGUUAAACGAGAGAAUUUCUUGGCUCGUGAAGCUCUUAGAACUCAAGAGGUUCCUGAUAGCGCUGUAACCAGCCCCGCCUCACAGAGAGGGGACCGCGAUGGCAUGGUCUGAACAUUUCUAUUAAGUUACCUUAAUUAUGGUAAUGAAUUGCAUUAAGAAAAGUUGUACAUUUAAUGUCGAUAUGUCGUUAUACGACUUCGUUAUUACACUGAAAUAUCAUUGGCUUCCUUACAUAUUAGUGGCUUCCUGACAUAUCAAUGGCUUCCUUACAUAUUAGCGGCUUCCUUUGAUAUCAGUGGCUUCCUGGCAUAUCAUUGGCUUCCUUACAUAUUAGUGGCUUCCUGACAUAUCAGUGGCUUCCUUACAUGCAAUUUGCUUUUUGAAUAGUAUUAGAAGCCAACAAGCUCCUCUGAAAGGAGGUUCAAACUUAUCUUUAUUGUAACCAACUAUUCUGAUCCUUUGUCCUUCCUGUUUAUCGAAUAAUAGUAUUUUUAUAAUUAGCUCAAUAAUAGCUCUGCAUAUGCAUAAAUGUAAUACAGCCGAACCUCUGUUAAGCGACCCUCUAUUAAGUGGUCACCCUCCAUAUAGCGGUCACUCAUGGAUUCAACAUAAGUCGAUUCUCACAUAUAUUUACUGUAAAACAUGACCUCUUUUAAACGGUCGACCUCUAUUAAGUGGUCACCUGGUCCGUUCUCAAGGUGACCGCUUAAUAGGGGUUCGACUGUAAAUUAUGUGAUUAAAAUGCGAUUGCACUUUAA